AUGUCUGCUGACGAAUACAAAACCCUUGGGAACCAGGCGUUUACCAACAAAGAGUUUGAAAAGGCUGCUGAGCUUUUCACCAAGGCCAUCGAGGCCUCUGCAAGCCCCAACCAUGUUCUUUACUCCAAUCGUUCUGCGUGUUACACAUCUUCUAAGCAAUUUGACAAGGCCUUGGAGGAUGCCAAUGAGUGUGUAAAGAUCAACCCUACUUGGGCCAAGGGCUAUAACAGAGUUGGUGCUGCACAGUACGGCCAAGGUGACUUUGAGGGAGCCAAACAAUCCUACAAUAAGGCUUUGGAAUUGGAUCCUGCCAAUAAGAUGGCCAAGGAGGGUGUGGAGGCUGCCUCUGAUGCUCUGGAUGCCGGUGCUUCUGGUUUGGGUAACAUGUUUUCUGAUCCAGCGCUGAUUUCGAAGUUGAUGACCAACCCGAAAACCGCGGAAAUGAUGAAAGACCCGGGAUUGGUUGCUAAGGUCAUGCAAUUGCAAUCGAAUCCGCAAUCCAUGCUCACUGAAAUGAUGUCAGAUCAGAGAUUAAUGACUGUGAUGGGCGUUGCCAUGGGAGUUGAUAUCGGAGGGCCACCACCAGCUGGUUUUAAUGCUGAUAAUGUCCCUUCAGCUGAUGUGGAGAUGAAGGAUGCUCCUGCCGAGACCCCAAAGACUGAGACCAAGCCUGAACCAGUUCCAGAGCCAACCCCAGAACCAGAAGACCAGUCUGUGGCUUUGAAGGCCGAGGCUGAUGGUUACAAGGCUGAGGCCAACAAGCUCUACAAGAGCCGCAAAUUCGAUGAGGCUAUCGAACUUUACGACAAAGCAUGGGAAACAUUCAAGGACAUCACCUAUUUGAACAAUCGCGCUGCUGCUGAGUAUGAGAAGGGUGAUUACGACACUGCAAUCAAGACCUGUGAAACUGCAGUUGAUGAAGGAAGAGACAUGAGAGCUGAUUACAAGUUGAUUGCCAAGGCAUUCGCCAGAAUAGGUACAACAUAUGUGAAGAAGGAUGAUUUGCAGAGUGCCAUCAAGUUCUUUGAGAAGUCUCUCACUGAGCACCGUACUCCGGACACAUUGAACAAGUUGCGUUCUGCUGAGAAGGAGCUGAAAAAGAGAGAGCAGGAUGCCUACGUUGAUCCAGCCAAGGCCGAAGAGGCAAGACUGGAAGGUAAAGAGUACUUCACCAAGGGUGACUGGCCAAACGCUGUGAAAUCUUACACUGAGAUGGUGAACAGGGCCCCAGAAGACCCAAGAGGUUACUCCAACCGUGCUGCUGCUCUUGCCAAGCUGAUGUCUUUCCCAGAAGCCGUUAGAGACUGCGACAAGGCCAUUGCCAAAGACCCAAACUUUAUCAGAGCAUAUAUCCGCAAGGCAACCUCUUUGUUGGCUAUGAAGGAAUACACCAAGUGCAUUGACACACUGGCCGAGGCCAGAACCAAGGACGCCGAACUAGGUGGUGCUUCCUCCAGAGAGAUCGAGCAACUUUCUCAGAAAGCUCUUUCUGCCAGAUUUACAGCUGUUGAAGGCGAGACUCAAGAGGAGACUCAGGCCAGAAUUAGCAGAGACCCCGAAGUUGUGGAGAUUCUCCAGGACCCUGUAAUGAACAGCAUCUUGCAGCAGGCCAGAGAUAACCCAGCUGCCUUGCAAGAACACAUGAAGAACCCGGAUGUAUACAAGAAAGUGAUGACUUUGAUGGCUGCCGGUGUGAUCAGAACUCGCUAG